ACUGGAACCUCGCUUGAGACAUUAGCGCUGUUGACCUGUGUCAGUUAGCCUCUGCCAAUUCUAAACUCCGCAAGGUCAUUCAUAUACUCAAAAGAAUCCUUUUUCUCUCCUAUAGCAACCAUGUUGAGCCUAACGAUGCAGAUGGCGAUUGGUACCGUCAUUGUAGUGAAUGUUAUCAGCGCGGCGUUCUUCGCGCUUACGGCACACGCUGGCGCUGGUGAGAAGUGGCGAAAGCCGGCAUGUUCACUGGUGGCUUUCACAGCACCUUUUGUUCACGGUGUAGUUUUGGGAGUCGUGCACACACGUAUAUGCCAAACUGACCCCAGCGCACUGAAUACGCACAACGCAAGACCUAGCUUGAUUCUGUGAACGCGCUGUGCUGUGUCUUACGACUGACGGAUGAAAUGUGGACACGAGGCCUAUUUGAAUUGAAUGAGGUCGUGAGUCUGCUUAUUUGCCGUUAAUCUCCCUUGAAGGUACUAGAAAGCAGCAGAGCUGCCAUGUCAGAUAGCCUGAGCCAUCAGUACAUUAACGUCACAAUUUUCGCCACAAUUGCACCGAUAUUUAUUUCCAAAAUUAAACAUAAAACUUGCGGGUAACACUGAGUCGAAGCCGCGCUCAGUACUUGUCACUUGCAAGUUUUAUCCUAUGGCUUGAGGUUGUGGGAACGAGAUCGGAAGGGAGGUUCGUAAAAUGAGACAGAAUGCGUCAGUAUAUGGCGCCUUAGUCCGGCAUCAAGUAACAUGAAUUUCAGCGUCAGGUAAUAUGAACGGCACGAUGGGAGGGACGGUACGAACUUCCUCUAAAAGAGCCAAGAGAACAUAAAUGCUUUCACGGGAACGCGGAUGACUGUUCUAACGCAGACAACGUCUUUGAGAGUUGUCGCUUGCAAUGGUGUACAUUUGGGACCGCUCUCUACUUUGUCAACCCCGCGGACCCAUUACAAGGAAUCUACAGACUCAGUACGUCCUCCAUAAGCGAAAAGUAAAUUACGCUUUGGCUGUUGAUGUAGCAGUCAGUACGUAGCAUCAAUGGGAUAGUGAGCCAUGCGUGCUGUAACUUUUUAUCUACCUAUCGCACUGCAUAUUUCCAGGCAUCGUCGGCAUCUUUGUCUCCAUGCUCAUGGUUGCCUUGUUCGUCAGCAACAUUUUCACGAUGUGCAAGGCGACCCACGUACUUCAACAGGAGGGAGGAAAGCCUCCUGUGGACGUUAAUCUCAAGGUGGCGUUAAAACCGUUGCGAACGCACCUUGCGCUGAUGGCAACGACGAUAGCGUUCCAAUAUUUUUUUACUGUCGCCUAUGUGGUUUUUUACUCCGAAGAGCCAGGCGUAAGUGAAACAAAGAAAAGGGAAGGAAAAAAUCAAACGUUCAUUUUUUUACGUAUACUGCUCUUGUCUGUUCUCUUUAUUUUAGUUCAUGAAUAGCAGCACUGACGAAUCCGGCAGCAUCACAGGCAUACCCAUAGUUACAAAGCUCGUUGUCAUCGUAACUGGCGUUUCCCUGGUCACCAUCUACGCUUUUAUCAGUGGCUUGGCGCUCAUUUCUCUCUACGACUAUUACAUAUGUUCGAAGAAGAGUGGCCGUCUGGGUGGACGACCAGGGCCGGCUGCAGUGUCGACGGCUCCACUUACAUACUAUCCUGUAGCGAUGCAGGCAGCUCAAUAUCAGGCUCCAAUGAUGUACCCUGGCACUGUAGGUCAGGCUCCAAUGAUGUACCCAUCUGGCGCUGUAGCUCAAGCUCCGAUGAUGUACCCACCUGGCACUGUAGCCCAGGCUCCGAUGAUGUACCCACCAGGCACUGUCGCUCAGGCUCCAAUGAUGUACCCACCUGGCGGUGAAGCUCCGUACUAUGCGAACGCAAUGAUGCCCCCGUAUGGCACAGGCUACCCUGGACAGUACCCCGGACAGUACCCUGGACAGUACCCUGGACAGUACCCAGGUCAGCAAGCGGCCUAUCCAGAUGCGCAGCAGCCAACCGGUGUGGCUCCAGGCGCCCAAGGACCACCGGAGGAAUACCUCCGCCAGAGGAAAUAGAGCAAACGCGAUCUCCGUUGUUGUAUCCUACCAAAAACUAUCAGCAAAUACCAUGUAGCA